CCCAGGGAGGGGAGGUGUACCUCUAUAAGAUUACCUCGGGAAUGAGAGAAGAUAUCUGGAAGGAUGACAAAUAUCACUUCCGAAGUGAUGGAACCCGGAAGCAGCCUGGCUCGAGUCCAGUCAUAGUGAAGCAGUACCACAAGGCUUACACCGAGGACAAGACAACAACAAGGGCCUUUGUCAGAGAAGCAUCGUAUCUGUACAACCAGCCUCUGAAACACAUCCUAGUGCAAUAUAUCGGGGACCACACACAAGCACAGCCUGCUCCACAACGCAAGAAGCGUGGUCAACAGACAGUUAAUACCUCAGGUGACAGUAAAUGUAGGAAAGUAGAAUCAACUGGUGGAGCUGUGCAGUCAGGUGUCACGGAGAACAGUAACUCCAACCUGGACCCUGAAGAUCAUUCAUCACCGACAGGAUUGGAAGACAACGGUAAAUCAAACACUAUUCUAGGUGUAACAUUGAAUGGAGCAAAGGUGUCAGAGACAGAAACAAAGAAUGAUCACGGCACAAAUCAGAAACGCUGCGGGACAGGAGAUCAUAGAAGUGAUGAUGACAUUGAAUAUUUAGGUACAACGUCAGGCUCCCCUGUCAAGAAACCUCGUUUGCAGCCUCAAGUUGAAAAUGACCACACAGUUCAUGUACAAGAGGACGUCCCCCUGUCACGUGACUGUACAUACACAGUUGGCUGCUACAUCAUCAGAGGAGAUGUUCUGUCUCGCCUGGAAACCAACGAGUGGCUGACAGAUGAAAUCAUGGACUCAUACCUGCACCUCCUGGAGGGAGAGUGGUGUUCCCGUGUCAGCUUCCACUGUCUGGUGCUGCCUACAGAGACAAUCCUACUGUGGGAGGCAGGACAGUACACAGACAGAAUAAGGGGGAAAGAUGAAAAUUUGACAAACUACACGUGGAUCUUAAUGCCAGUGAACAUGCCACGUAAUCAACAUUGGGUGCUACUGGUGGCUAAUGUCAAGGAUGGAACAGUGGGCGUGGUUAAUUCUAAACCCUCCUUAGAUGUGGAGGACAAGGUUGUACAACACUGGAGGCUCUUUGUAAACUACUUGAAAUCUACGUCUAAGGAAGGGAGCAAGUUAUGGAUGAAGAAACAGUACCCAGUGAUAGAACAGUCUGAUGGACACAGCUGUGGGAUAUUCGUUCUGAUGGCUGCUGAUGCAAUUUUCUCGGAGAAGUCUCCAGGCAUCAUGAGGAACUGUCACGUUGAGAAAUACAGGCUGUAUGUACUUCAGAGGAUACUACAGUAUGCCAAGGUCAAGGGAGAUAUGCAAGGUGGAGGAAAUCACAUCAUGGCAGUUGAUGGACUCGGUAAUGACAAACACAAAAUUCAAACUUCCAUGCUGGGGACAACAGAUGUACUGGAAAAUAGCUGUUCAAUGACAACAGAACAAGGAGGUCCAACUAUUCAUGAAGGAACCGACUGUGCUAUCGCCAGUGAUGAAAAUACUGAUGACCACCCAUGUUUGGAUCAGCACCUGUUGCAUAAGCAGAAGAUGGCGUGCUUGUUAGUGGUUGCUUUGGCGGAGAAUAACCUGGAGGAGAGGAUGCUAUGGGCAGGGUCUGACACAGGGACUCGCGUGGAAAGAGAAACCUACAAAAAAUAUAUUGUUUGGGCACUUAAGGCUUUUGACAUCAAUGAAGAAGAAUACACUGAAAAUGUGAUGAAACAUAUUCUAUCCCAAUUGACGGGAUGCUGUCUCCAUCAUGAAGCAGGCUCAUAUAGAAUAAGAAAUCAUAAAGUAGCAAUAAAGCUAAGAGAAAUACUGCUACGUGAUGUUAGGCAGUUGGUUGAAAGGAUGGAUAUCGAGUUCAUAUUUCGUUAUGUGACAUUUAGAGAUGAUCCAACUGAAGACGAACAACUAAAUGUGUCUUUCAACCUCGAAUUGAAACAUGAUGAUCUGCAUAUUGUAGCGAAGCGGUUUGCUACAGCUUUACACGGCAGAAAGUUUGCCUUUGUGUGCAUGCAUUCCCUAUUCAAGGUAGAGACAUUUGUUGAUAUGGUUUGGGAGAAAUUGUUGCAUAAUAUGAACAAGGACAGUUGUGUACUGUUGAAAGUAUUGUCAAAUAAUGACAUUGUACAUGGAUAUUCCUUUCUGUUUUGGGCGAGCAUCACAGACAACUCACAUUUGUUGAGGAGAGCAUUGUUCAGUGUUCAAAUGAAUGCAGAGAACAGAAAGGAAGCUUUGUUUGGAAGUUGCUUUGGGAAUAGUUUAGCCAACUUCGAUUACCUGUUUUCCAAUAAAAACUGGAAGUUGGAUAAGUUGUGGAUGACACUACCCAAACUCCCAAGACCUCUUAUCAUUAAACUGCAGUUGGCAGUUGCAGAUGAUCUGGGAGUAAAGUUUGGUAAAUGUUCACUUUUGCCUGUAUGGAACAAGGCAAAUGUUUAUGAGAAACGUGUUAAUGGCAGCACACCUCUACAUGAUGCAGCCUGGCAGGGGCACAGGGAGGUUGUGGAAGUGUUAUUACAGAAAAAGGCAAAUGUUUAUGAGAAAGAUAAGGAAGGCGGCACACCUCUACAUCAUGCAGCCAGCCAGGGACAUAGGGAGGUUGUGGAGGUGUUAUUACAGAACAAGGCAAAUGUGGAUGAGAAAGACGAUAAAGAAGAAACUGCUUUACAAAAAGCAGAGGCACAACAUCACAAUGAUAUUGCAAGGAUUAUAACUGAGGCAACAAAUAUACAUGACCUGACAACCAACCAUGGUACAAUUAUAGAUAGGGUGACAACCGAUGGCCAGUUUCUUAUGAAAUCAUCGUCAGUUCCACAUGGAAGCUAUAACAAUGGCGGUUUGCUUACAUCCACACCACCAACAUCAACGUGCCCCGUGAACCACGCAUCAAUAGAAUUGCCAGGGGUUUAUGUUCCGAGUCAACUGGGACAAGCAGUUUCCACAGACAGACAAAGUGUUAUUGAAGAGAUCGCUUUGCAGUCAUCCCAACCAUAUCAUAUAGACGGAAAUCUUAACAACCUCCAUACAGAUCCUGCACGCAUGGAGAUACGUUCACCCAAUCAAAGAACAGAAGCUAUAUAUGGAAACUCAAGUCAUGUUCCCACCUGUGUCCAUGCUCCAGUAGUUGGUGACACAGUGCCUAGUUCAGAUAACACUAGUAAUUCUGAGAAUGUCAUCAUUCACUACACUGAGUCUGGGGAAAAGAUAGAGCUGCAGCAGCUCUAAAAGUGGUCUAGAAAGGAGUUA